GAGGUGAAGAGGAGAUGACUGCUGUCAUGGAUGGGUCUGCCCUGUUGUGGACGGCUCUGCUGCUCUUUUCUCCAGAUGGAAUGCUGAUGGCCCCUCAUAAAUCUGUGAUCUCCUUGAGUCCCCCAUGGAGUAGAAUAUUUGAAGGAGAGAAUGUGACUCUUACAUGUAACAGGAACAAUCCCACUGAAGACAGCCCCACCACGUGGUUUCACCUUGGCACCAACUUUUCAACGCUGACUUCAAAUUUUGUUAUUGUGAAUGCCAGCGUUCAACACAAUGGGACAUAUGAAUGCCAGAACCGAAACUUAUCCAGAAGUGAUCCUGUAUACCUGGAAGUGUUCAGGGACUGGCUGCUCCUUCAGACUUCUGCUAAGGUGGUGGUGGAGGGUUCAUCCCUCUCCCUCAGGUGCCACGGUUGGAAGAAUUGGACCGUAUACUCCCCACUCUACUACAAGGAUGGCCAACCUUUCAAGUAUUGUUAUGAGAACAACGUCUCCAUUACCAUUACAUCUAUGACAGCUAGUGACAGCGGUGCCUAUCACUGCACGGGCUUCUUUACGCUUAAGCAGAAGAAGCAAAAUGAGAGAUAUGUCUCUGAGUCCCUCAACAUUACUGUCAUAAAAGGUCCACCAAGCAUGUAUAUCUGGCUACAACUCAUUAUCCCUCUGCUGGUGGCGACACUGCUUGUUGUAGAUACCACAUUAUUUGUCUCAACUGAUAAACAGUUCAAAUCUCUUUUGAAAAUGAAAAUGACUGAGAAAAGCAACAAGCUUCAGAAGCCACAUCCUGUGGCAGACCCCCAAGGAAAUUGAUGUCGUUGUUUGAGAAUCAGUUUGCAACAGAAUGUUUUUUUUUUUUAACAGCACAGGGAAUAGUUUUUCAUUUGUCAAACACAGCUCUCAAAGUACAUAGAAAAAUCUGUGGUCAAGGAUAUAUAGAAUUGCCUCAUUAAACCAAA